AUGGAUGCGAAGUUGGGAGACGGCUACGUUGUAAAAAAGGAUUGCUAUAUUUUUCACGGAACAGAAGACGCAAUCUGCUCCUCUCUCCUGGAGGAAGUCUCGAAAAUCAAACGACAUCGAAAAUACAACAUUCAGAUGAUAGUUCUCACUGGUUCGCGUGAGAGAGCUUUUCAUCUGUUUUCUGAGAUAUGUAACUACGUUCGUUCUACACAAAUCCUGUGCCAUGUGUCGGUGGGGUCCAUAAAAUACGAGCGAGACCUAAAAGCACUUCAUUUAGGUGUGGAUAUCCUUGUCGUGACUCCAGGACGUUUGCCCCGUCUGUACAAAGGAAAUGAAAACUGCUUCACUUCGAUUCAUAGUGUGUUCAUUGAUCAAGCCGAGCUGGUUUUCUAUCGAUCUGUUCUCCAUCAGGUGUGUGUGUACUGUGUUCUGUAA